GUUGCCGCAUCGCUCACGCCACUGCGGAUGGCUUAGGGACGAAGAGCGUAAUGGUGCUUUCGUCGGUUGCGCGGCUCGACGAGCGGUCGGAACUCAGCACGAUCUCAGUCUCUGCUAGACGCGGACCGGGCGCUCCAAAGUGGCCCCCGGAACCGGUCUGGGAAGCCUUCGUAGCCUACGUUGUGGUGAUGUCGACGCGAAAUAGCGAUGUUGGCUUGUGGAUGACCGCCUUUGUUGCAGAGUGAGGGCCUACUUUCUUCCAGUC